UUAUUGCUCUUCGGAAGCUGAAAGCAAGAGUUAGAGAUGACUCAGUCAGUCUGCGAGGAGUGGCUACGCAAGCCUAUAUAGUGAGAGCCUUAUGCGACAUUGUCAGAUUUCACCAGCUAUGGAGCUUCUUUUAGGUGUGUUUCUCUGCCUCCUGAUAUUUACUGGAAAGGCGUCUGGUAAUAAAGCCGAUCCUCACAAGAUUCAAGUCAAAGAAGAUGUCAGUGUCACUCUACCUUGUUUAUUUAGCACAGCAGUUACAGACAAGAUCAUUGACUGGAAAAAAGAUGAAAAGGAGGUACUUCUCUAUGACCUCAACAAACUUUCACAUCAAGCUGAGGAGUUUAAAGAUCGUGUGUCUCUUUUUCCAAAUGAACUAAAGUCUGGAAAUGCCUCAAUGCAAAUCAAAGAAACAAAGGUGUUAGACAGUGGAAAUUACACCUGCAUAUAUCUUAACAAUGGUGAAUAUUUGGCAGCAGCCAGUCACCAAGUUGAGCUAACUGUUGAAUACAUCUUAAAGGACAGAACGAGACAAAAAAGGAAAGGUGCAUUUGCAAAACCAUCAGUUAUAAUAAUCAAUGAAACUGCUGAAGGGACCCUACUGAGCUGUAAAGUACUUAGUGCUUCUCCUAGACCCACCGUAGUCUGGUAUGACAGUGCUGGACGCAGCCUUCCUGUUGAAAAGAAAGAGAACCCAGAAACAGAGGGUCACUACAAUAUUUUCCUCAACACUAUAGUGACUAUAACAGGCAGGUAUACCUGUGUAGCCACACAGAAGGAACUCCAUCAUCAAAUUAAUGAAACCACAUUUGUACGUGUCCAAGGUUCUGUCAGAGGAUUAAUUCAUGGAGAUGGAGUUGGAGUUGGAGUUCUCAUUGUCAUUGCCAUUGCAGCUAUAGUCUAAUAUUUUCUGUGGUGCAAAAGCCCUUCAGGAGACAGGACUAAAGACGUCGCAAGCUCUGAGGGUAAACGGCGUAAUUUCGAAGCCCAGGAUGUUUCUAAAUGAACUAAUAAUGCAUGAGAUGUGGAAUAAUUGAUAUGCAAUGUUUCUCAAUAGGAAAAAUUGAUAUUCAUUUUGUUGCGAGGGCUUAAAAAAAGUGUUUUAGGACAUUAAAAAGUCUGCCAGUCAUUACUAUCACAUAAAGAUUUUCUAAACACAUGGUAAAUAAUCAACAGUUGUACAUGUGUGACUAAAGAGGAAUUACCUCAGCCAUAAUUCAUUUUGUUUUUUAAUUAAGAUUACAGGUUUAUUAACCAAAUCAAGAUUCAAUCCCUCUUUCAUUCUGACACUGAUCAUCAGAGGCAGAACAACUUUUGGGUUAUACUGAAUUAAACUAUGUUGAAAUAAACUCAGUCUCAUCUCAGUCUAAGAUUCAGUAAAAUAUUUGAUUACUGUUAUAAGAAAAAAAAAAAACUUACUCCAUUGCUGGCUACUGCUGCCACAGAGCCUUUAUUGUCAUAUUCAGAAUAUUUUCACACCCCAUAUUCAUUGGUUUCUGUUUUGACCAAAUUGAUGUGAGCUUAACAGAGUUAGAGGUUACGUAAUGAUACAGAAUGCAGCUAUAUGUAUAUUUUAUGCACACAGCCAUAUUUUAUAUGGCUGUGUGCAAAAAAUGUUUUGGCUGUGUAUUUUUUUUUUAAAAAAAGCUGCUUUUUACUUUUUUUAAAAAGUAAAAAGUGUUGUAUUGUUAUAUUUUCUCCUCAUCAGCAUUUUAUUUAAAUCUUUGUUUUUUUAUGAGAUACUCAGUAGUUUUUUCUAGUCUGUUUUAGAAACAGUAGUUUCAGCAAACAGUAAAACCUAAUUUCAUUUUAGCCAUUUCAUCAAAUUCAGUAACUUGCAUAGUAUUGAAAUAUGAUGCUGAUUUUGUUGCCUUAUUAAAUGUUUCAUAACCUCUGGACUUUAGGUUAAGAUCUAAAAGGAGGUGGUUUCCAUGAGUAGUGGGCAAUUAUAUGAAGCCUUUUUAAAAACGUACCCUGAAUAAAUUAUCAUUUAAAACUGAAAGGUAGCUUAAGAAAAUGGUAUUAUUGUGAACCACAUAUCUUAUAAUAAAACCUGGGAAGAUAUCCUGUUACUGUGAUCAGUAUGAAUGUAUAUAAAUCCAAUUCAUGGAAUGCUUUUUAUUUUUCUAGCUACAUUAUUUUGGUCUCAUUCUUGUGUUUAUUAAUUGAUUUUGUUAUGGACUGAUUUAAACUUAACCUUUUAGAAUACAGGCACAUGCCUGUAUUCUAAAAGAAAAAGUGAAAGAGUGGGAACACUUUGUGGUGGCACUCUAGUUUAAAAUUAAACUGCAGCGACAAUACAUUUUCAAAAAGAUGUUCAUUAAGUUAUAUUUGAAGUGAUUUCCUUUGAAUGUCAACAUGCAGUCACACAGUUGAUGCUUUUGUCUUUCAUCUUUAAUCUCUAUUUUGUUCACUGACAUCUGUGCUUUUUUUUUUUUUUUAAUUUUGCUUUAUUUUUCUCUACUUUGCUGUAAACUGUAAACCACAAGUGCUGCUUUAACUUUCAGAAAUGCAUCAAAGUAGUUGUUUUUUUCUUUUUUGUUUGAUUUUUUUUUUUUGGCCAAGCUGAAGAAAAACUUCUCCAAACGACUGGAACAACUGGCCACACAGCCCAAUUGCAUCUAAACUUGUACAUAAUUAAUAAAACUAAUUCACUGUACAACUAUCAUUGCUGAGUUUAAUAAAUGUUACAGCUGGUUA